GUCAUUUACAACGCGGCAUUCGCUGUCGUGUACGUCCGCGAGUCAUCGGCAGCGCACUGUCGACUUUCACUGCCUGUUGCUGCCGAGCAACAAAAAACUGCGAAAAUGGCCGGCCGGAUGAUGCAAGCAGGGCGAUGCCCGACAGAUGAGCUGUCUUUGACCAACUGUGUGGUUGUCAAUGACAAAGACGCGCAGAUGAUUGGACAAAGUGUGAUAGUGAAGACCGUUCCCCCCCACAAGUAUGUGUUUACAGUUCGCUCUCAUCAGAGUGUCCCAGCUGGAUCCAUUGGCUUCAGCCUUCCUCAGAGGAAAUGGGCUGGAAUCUCUAUCGGUCAGGAUGUGGAAGUCACCAAUUACAACUUCGACAAGUCCAAGCAGUGUGUGGGCACCUUGACCGUGGAGGUGGACUUCCUGCAGAAGAAGAACGUGGACAGCAGCCCUUACGACACGGAUAAAAUGGCCGCUGAAUUCAUUCAGCACUUCAACAGCCAAGCCUUCAGCAAGGGCCAGCAGCUUGUCUUCAGCUAUUGUGACAAGCUGUUUAGCAUUGUGAUAAAGGAAAUAGAAGCCAUGGACCCCAGCAUCCUCAAAGGAGACGCAAGCUCGGGCAAGAAACAAAAGAUCGAAAUUGGUUUGUUGCUUGGCAACAGUCAGGUGAUUUUCGAGAAGGCCGAGAGCUCCUCGGUGCAACUCGUUGGGAAGUCCAAAUCCCGGGAGUCGCGGCAGUCCAUCAUCAACCCCGACUGGAACUUUGAGCGCAUGGGCAUCGGUGGCCUGGACAAGGAGUUCUCAGACAUCUUCCGUCGGGCCUUCGCCUCGCGAGUCUUCCCUCCUGACAUCGUGGAGCAGAUGGGCUGUAAGCACGUGAAGGGCAUCCUGCUGUACGGACCCCCCGGCUGCGGUAAGACGCUGAUGGCCCGGCAGAUCGGGAAGAUGCUGAACGCCCGCGAGCCCAAGAUAGUCAACGGCCCCGAGAUCCUCAACAAGUACGUGGGGGAGUCGGAGGCCAACAUCAGGAAGCUGUUCGCCGAUGCCGAGGACGAGCAGAAAAGGCUCGGCGCCAACAGCGGGUUGCACAUCAUCAUCUUUGACGAGAUCGACGCCAUCUGCAAGCAGCGUGGCAGCAUGGCGGGCAGCACAGGUGUCCACGACACGGUAGUCAACCAGCUGUUGUCCAAGAUCGACGGCGUGGAACAGCUCAACAACAUCCUGGUCAUUGGUAUGACCAACAGGCCGGACCUGAUUGAUGAAGCCUUGUUGAGACCUGGCAGAUUAGAGGUGAAGAUGGAGAUUGGGCUGCCCGAUGAGACCGGACGUGUCCAGAUCCUCAACAUCCACACGGCCAAGAUGCGCGAGUUCAAGCUGCUGGCCACCGAUGUGGACGUGAAGGAGCUGGCCGCCGAGACCAAGAACUUCAGCGGCGCUGAGCUGGAGGGGCUGGUCCGAGCUGCCCAGUCCACGGCCAUGAACCGCCACAUCAAGGCUAGCAAUACUGUUGAGGUGGACAUGGAGAAGGCAGAGAAGCUACUAGUACACAGAGACGACUUUCUGGCCUCUUUGGAAAAUGACAUCAAACCGGCCUUUGGUACCAACCAGGAAGACUAUGCCAGUUACAUCAUGAAUGACAUCAUAAAGUGGGGCGACCCCGUGACCGCUGUGUUGGAUGACGGCCUCCUGCUUGUCCAGCAGACCAAGAACAGUGACCGCACCCCACUAGUGUCUGUUCUACUGGAGGGGCCGCCACAUAGCGGCAAAACCGCCCUGGCCGCCAAGAUCGCCGAGGAGUCCCAGUUCCCCUUCAUCAAGAUCUGCUCGCCAGACAAGAUGAUUGGCCACUCGGAGAUCGCCAAAUGCCAGGCCAUCAAGAAGAUAUUCGAGGAUGCCUAUAAGUCUCAGCUGAGCUGUGUGGUGGUGGAUGACAUCGAGCGGUUACUGGAUUAUGUCCCAAUUGGACCUCGGUUCUCCAAUCUGGUUCUGCAAGCUCUGCUGGUUCUGCUGAAGAAACCCCCUCCAAAUGGCCGCAAGCUGCUCAUCGUCGGCACCACCAGUCGCAAGGACGUCCUGCAGGAGAUGGAGAUGCUGGACGCCUUCAGCACCAAGAUCCACGUCCCCAACAUCUCCCGGGGGGAGCAGCUGGUGGAGGCCCUGGAGAUGCUUGGUAGCUUCCAGGAAAAGGAGCGCGCCAUCAUCGCAAAGGAGGUGAAAGACAAGAGGUUGUGGAUCGGCAUCAAGAAACUGCUGAUGCUUAUCGAGAUGUCCCUGCAGAUGACUGCUGAAUACAGAGUUCGGAAGUUUCUGUCCUUGCUCAGAGAAGAGGGCGCGCUGGAUUCGGACCUUCACAUGGGGAUAUAAGAACACUGCUAAAGCAACGCCCUGCAGACAUUCAUGCUCUCUUUCACACUGGCCUCAUCUCUCCCUGACAGUGGCCAAGGAGGACAAGACCACAGGCAGCUUGUGUUGGGAAGAGAGGAAGAGAGAGAGAGAGAGAGAAAGAGAAGAAGGGAAGACGCUCUCUCUUUCUGUUCCUUCCGGGGUCUCUACGCGCUCUUGAGACGUGUGUUGUCAGUGGUGAUCGUGACCUGCCGGUGACACUGCCACCACCACCACCACCUCCUCCACCACCUCCUCCACCACCAUCACCUCCUCCCCAAGACCACACAGCUCCUCUCUGUCUCGAUGGCUCCUCGAUGUUGUGUUCUUCUCCACGUCCAGCCUCACACUCCCAUGGGUUGAUCUGUACUGGUGUUGCAUUGUUUCUAGUGGAUGUGUUGACGUGGUCGAUGUAAAGGCUGGACUGAACAUUGUGUGUGUGUGUGCGUGCGUGUGUGUGUGCGUGUGAGACAACUGCUGUGUUGAGUUUGAUUAUAUUUGCUACUUAAGAAAUCAUUCCACGACAAAGCAAAAAUGUUUCUCAUGGCCUUAUGUCUCUCUUCUCUCUCUCUCUCUCUCUCUCUCUCUCUCUCUCUCUCUCUCUCUCUCUCACCCUUGUUCUUAAUGACUCUAUCCUCGGUGCCACUUAUAUAUUUUAUGAUUAUUGUGUCUGUAAUUAUGAACACUAGUUCUGCCUUUUUUUCCUGACCAAAAUCCUCCUCUCUUUUGUGACACUGAUGGUCUUGUCUUGUAAAAAUAAGUUGUUUUUCACUGAA